AUGGCGGAACCUACGCCUCAGAAGCCGCCACAAUCCGCAGACAGGACACCGCCCAAGAGCCGACCCUCGGACGCUGCUGCGGCUGACAGAAUCGCCGCAGGUCAAAAUGGCGUCGAAACCGCCAAGUCAGGGCCAGAUGAGCUUCCAACCCCGAAGAUAAUUAAGAAAGGCACGCGAAGUACGCCAAAGCGGCCGCAGGGGCCAUCGACUUUUGGCAUGAGCCAGGAGAACGAGACAGUUGCCGGCUGGGUGGAGCAUGACACUCGCAUACGUCGCACGAUGCCAUUGAACCCAACUUCGGAGGAAAGAGCUGAGAAAGCGAACCUGGCUGUCCACCCUGCCCUCGAAGCAGCUCGUGCAAAGGGCAAAAGGCUUCGAGGUGUGAAGAGGUAUGCCGGAAUCGGGGCGCAAGCCUCCUCUGUGGACCAAGUGAUUUUUGGACGUGACAUGGAUUUCAGUGGAGAAGAAGACGGCACAGAUCUUGCAGAGUACGACGGGCGUGCCGGUCUCUCCUCUCAGUCCGUGCCACGUGCAGGUGGUGUGAAGAAGGUAGAUGCUCCGAAAGAGGCGUGGAUCAGCCCCGGCAGGGCUUCCAAGAAGGUGCGCAAAGAUCCUUUCCGAUCCUAUUUCGCGAUGGCAAACUGGGCAAAUGCAGGAGCCCGGGUCACCAAGUGA